AUGACCCUCCAAUGCAUGCAAUCUCUUGUUCGGGUGCAAACUCAGGUGUGUGAUCAACGUAGAAGGUUAUCCUGUGAAGGAGUUAGUUGUGGUUCCUUAUUCAGAGAGGCAAAAAGCAUUCCGGAGCUUUAUCUAUGUGACAAGGAGUCCACUUCAACAAAUCAAGCUACUACUCUGGAUAAUGAUGGUUAUGAUCAUUUUCAUGCACUAGAAGAAGUUGAAGUUUUGUUACAAAGAGCAAGGGAAGCUGCUAAAAAGCGCGAAAAUACCCUUGCUCAUGCAUUCUCUCGGAAGAUGCGGACCUCGAACAAGAAUGAAGACUCGAGUAGCAAUGCAGAGCUUGACGAGGACUUCAGAAAUUUUCACAUGACAAAUGUGAAAAGCUGCAAAACUCUCAGCAGAUCUUCAUGUGAUCAGCCAAGAAAUAGCAUAAACAACAUUGAAAUCGACACGGCUUGUUCUUAUAAUUCUGACUCGGAUACCGAGUUUUGGAGAUUACAUCAUCAGUACUAUCAGGAGCAGCAAAAGAAGUUCUAUUCAUAUGCAUUCCCCUCUCCUCUCAACGGCUUGCCCAUGACACCACCAUUUAAGAUUAAAAAUAUCCUAGUUCACUCUGCUAGUCCCCGCUGCAGAAAGGAAGAGAAGAGCCAUCACCCAAUGACUCUUCUCUCCCAUAGAGCGAAUCAUGUUAAUGGCUUUAGCAGGAACUCUGCCAACUGUUGUCCUACUGCUGAUCAUCAGCCAAGUUACAUGGCAGCUACAGCCUCAGCCAGGGCCCGAGAACGGUCACAAAGUGCUCCAAGGCAGAUGCCGAUGACUCCAGAAAGAGGAAUAAUAGCCGCAGCAAAGAAACGUCUAUCUUUCCCUGUUCAAUGAAACAUUGUUAACGUUAGAUCAAAGAUUGGUGAGCUCUAGAUGGAAGUGUACAAUUGUACCUGGAUCAUUAGUCCGAUAGGCAUUAUAACUGCACACGCCCUCGCUCAUGGAAAAUGGAAAUUUGACUGUUCCGCUGGUGUAUCUGUUAACUUUCACCAGCAAGUACAUUAACUCUGCUCACGUUACAUAAGACAGAUGGAAAAAAAUUACCUAGCAUAGGUUUCCUGAGGAUUCCCAUAUUCUUUUACUUGUCAUAAAAAUGACAAUCAGCGUAAGUUAAGGGACUGAAUGAUGGAGUAAAUUAGAUUAAACUGCUUAUGAACUCAAA